GCAGUGGGUGUCCCAGUUCUUCGUAGCGGUGGUGGCGGCGGCGCUUUCGACACAAUCGGCCAGCACGGUGUCCGCAGUGGCCCACGGAAGCCCGGGCCUGGCCCGCAACGAGAAGCGUAGUACGUGCUCUGGUUGGCAGCAUGACUUGACUUUGGAGCAGUCGACUGCCAGUGAACAUCACAUCGUGCUUGACAACUUGGCUGCGGACGCCUGUUACUCGGGGGCUGUCUCAUCACGCAACCGCCGCGAGGCACUAGUCCGGUGGUCGCCAUGUCCAGCUCGACGUACGCCUACUACCAGGAGGAGCCGCGGACGCCCAAGCGAUACUUCAACCUGGGCGUGCUGUCCUGCUGCCUAGGGGGACUGCUGUUCAGCGCAGGCAUCAUCCUGGUUGUGCUGGGCUCGUCGCCACAGGAGCCCGAGGCAUUGUGGAUCGCUGGCAUCGUGCUACUGCUCGCCGGAGGCUUACUCUUCUUUCUCGGAAUCGGCUCCGUGGGCCUCUAUCUGGCCAGGGAAGACCGGCGCAAACGCGAGGCGGCCCGUGCGCGCACACGCAACUACACGUCUAGCCUGCGCUCCAGUGACAUGGUGCUCGUCGAAUGAAGACACUUCGUAGCUACCCUUCGCAAGGCCACGCCAUGAGUGCUCAGCCGAGAGUCUCAGAAACAGUGACAGUCUGUUAAUAUGCCAGUGCAGUAGCCUGCAUAUGUAAAGAAAACAGGACACAUCGCUCUGUUGGAAUUGUCUCAAAGCGUUGUACGGCAUCCUUUUACGAGCCUAGGUCCCGUUACACCAGAAAAAAAUGUCUGAUGCCACUCCGCAGAGAAACAGUACUGCAAGCAUUUUAUGAUUAUCAGAUUUUGAUAAGAAAACUGACGACACUACACAUGACCUCGUAUUUUAUAGCUGAAUUAUAGGACUGCCCUUUGUUCGGCAUGUCCCAUUUUACAUUUAUUUUCUAUAACUUUGAGUAAAGCUAACGGUAGCUAUAGGUGCAGUUUUGCACGUAGAAAGCCGAUACCCUGUCAGAACAAUUCAAUCUGGGAAUGGACACCGAAAGGGAUAUACGAGUUUUUUUUUGAAAUGGUGAGACUUACAUGUGAUAGGUUCACGUGUAAUUUUGCCUCCAGAUAUCUAGAAAUAUGAAGAAAUGAAUAUUUGACCCAACGAAUAUCGUUAUUUUUCUCUGGUAAUAUAAAGUCAACCAUGCCUUCCAUUCAGCACACUUCACAAGAAAGCAACGACGUGCUUGUGUAUACAUAGACACGACUGAUUCAUUGACAUGAGGACUCUUACGUAGCUGAUUAUGGCAUAAACAUGAGUAUACCGCAUAAAGGUUUAAUAACAUUCACUACUACUUAACGUAGGUACGAGUGAAUUAUCUCAUAACAGAGCAAAGGUAAAUAGAUACAAAAUCUGCAUGCAAGCUGCUGUAGGCUGUGGUUUUAGUAAGAAGAAAGAAGUGUGAUGGGUUCAGGCGAGCAUAAACCUCACUGCUAGAACGUCUACUACCGCGAUAGCUUAAGAACACCGUCUUUUUUUAUAUUGACAGUGUAAAUGUUAAGAUCACUACAUGCGUGUUAUCUGACAUUCAUAUUUGAAAAGGAGACGCGGAUAACAACAGAAAAGCUAGUCGCCUGAUCUUGUUGACACCGCAAAUACAAGAGAGGGCCUUUGCAGACAAGACCUGAUAAAAAAAUCGCAUGCCCGCUUUGCAGUUGUGAAGACGAAAAAUGCAUAAAGAGGAUGAGCACUUCUAUUAUAUAUUAUGCAAGGUAUCAGCCAUGCCGAUACGCUACGCUACGACUAUUUCAGGUAUCAGGAUGUGUAAAAGUAUGUACUGUUCAUGUGCGACUGUUGUAAAUCUCGCUCACUUGUACUUCAAUGUGUCAUGAAUGCGAGAGUGGCACUUGUCUUGGCAAACGCCCAAAGCUCACUAUUCCCGUACACCUGUGCAAAAGAGUGAUUGGAUUGAAGUGAAUGCUGCAAUUUUGCCGCGAAAAGACUUCAUUUGCUUGCAAAACAAAAUUUGGAAAUAUAUCCAUACAUUAAGUCCAAGAGCUUUGUGCAAUCGUACACUUGAACCAUUGAUGCACGUUUUGAGCUUGGUUGUCAAGUCAGAUUUAUCCAAGUUCGUUCACAAAAGAGCAUUGGUGCAUGAUGUAGAUUUGCUACAUAACAUUUUUCAAGAGAAGACAAAAUAAGUGAAUAUUUGGAAGACCCAAAGCGCUACAAUUAAGCAGAAAGAUCUCUGUGCCAUAAAUUUACAAGUCUUAAAGAGCAAGUUGCCAAUGCUGAUAAGCUCCAGCAACUGUCAUUUCAUGUGCGCGUGCUUGUGUUCGGUGAAAGUACCUUCAGUGAACCAAAACUGUCGAGCUUUCCAGAUACGUGCGCUUCUUGUUGUUGAUAUAGCCUCGGAAUGCGUGAGCUGCAUAGCCGCAGCUGUGAGUGUGUGUUGUGUUUGUGUUGUUUUAGAGAUCGGUACGAGUCGGAAAGGUCUCUAUAAGUGGAACAACAUGCAAAAGGCGUUUGGCACUGUGUUUUCUGUUAAAGUGUCGUUUGAUUAUUUACACUUGUUGCAAGUUGAGAAAUAAAUUUUUGAUUUUAGUAAAAAAAAAUACUGAAAACGUACGAGUGCCCUUAAGCGUCAUGGCAACGCAGAUAACAUACAACGCAAGACUUUGGCUUGUCACUAAAGGAGAUCCCUUUUCGUAUGAUGCUGAAUAAACGUGCGUUUACGAAGCGAACCU